GACCAUUUCAACCACUCCCCAAUAUUUUAUUAUUAAUUUGAAUUGUAGAUAAAGGUGGGAAGUGAGAGAAAAAUACAGUGAAAGAGUAAAGAGACGUUGGAAGAUCUCAGCAUCAACCCACCAUUUUUAAGUUUUUGACAGUUACUACCUCCCAAUCUCUCCUUCAUCUUCAAAUCAACUUUCACAAUUACAAAAGAGGUUAAAUAAAGAAUCUUAAUAAAGAUCAUAUUUUUAGGCCCACUAUUUUCUUCCUUUACAAAAAUUCCCAGUUUAAUAAAAAAGCUUCUCAUACUAUUCAAUCUUCCCCCAUUCAAAAACUCAAAUGUUUGUUCAAGAUUCGAACUUUAUUUUCUGGGUUUCAAAUUUUGCUUGAAAAUCUUCCUUAAUUUUGAUCUGGGAAUUCCAAAGAUUGAAGCUUUUUGAUGAUGGAAGCCUCGUUUAGGAAAGAUGAUGGGUUAGACUUAACUGAGUCAAUUGAGUCAGUCACUGAGUCAAGUGCUGAGCGUAGAAGAAGCAGGGAGAGUAGCUCUGAUAGUAGACCAAGCUCUGAAGCAGUGACUAAUUCAGGAAAGAAAUCCUCUGUUUCGCCUACUCUGUUAGGUUGGCCGAUUAAAAAAGCUGCAAUUCCCAAAUCCGCUAUUUCAGGGUCACAAAAGCCCGUUUUAGCUGAUGAUUCUGAGCUUAAAAAGCAUAAUUUGAACCUCUCUGAGAUGGAGAUGAUGAAAGAGAGGUUUGCAAAGCUAUUACUUGGAGAAGAUAUGUCAGGAAGUGGAAAAGGGGUUUCCACUGCUUUAGCUGUUUCUAAUGCCAUUACUAAUUUAUGUGCUACAAUAUUCGGGCAAUUAUGGAGGCUAGAGCCGUUGCCGGUUGAGAAGAAAUCGAUGUGGCAAAGAGAGAUGGAAUGGCUGCUUUGUGUUGGUGAUCACAUUGUUGAGUUGAUACCAACUUGGCAGACUUUUCCUGAUGGAAAAAAAUUAGAGGUUAUGACUUGCAGACCUCGGACAGAUAUAUUCAUAAAUCUUCCUGCUCUUCGCAAGCUCGAUAAUAUGCUCAUUGAUAUACUCAACAGUUUCUGCAAGACCGAGUUUUGGUAUGUCGAUCAAGGAAUCGUAGCCUCAGAUUGUGAUGGCUCAUCCUCUUUUCGAAAGACAUUACACAGGCAAGAGGAGAAGUGGUGGCUACCAGUACCUCGGGUACCGGCUGGUGGCCUGCAGGAGAGUUCUAGGAAGCAGCUUGAUCACAAGCGCGAAUGCACCCACCAAAUACUCAAAGCAGCCAUGUCUAUCAACAGCAUGGUUUUAGCCGAAAUGGAUGUUCCUGAGUCCUACUUAGAAACCCUUCCAAAGAAUGGAAGAGCUUGCCUAGGAGACAUGAUUUACCGGUACAUCACGUCAGAUCACUUCUCUCCCGAGUGCUUGCUUGAUUGCCUUGACCUGUCAUCUGAGCAUGUUGCUCUUGAAAUAGCAAAUCGUGUGGAAGCCGCUAUAUAUGUCUGGCGGCGAAGACACCAUCCGAAACCUGUUAAUAAUCCCAACCGUACCACCACAAAAUCGUCGUGGGGGAUGGUCAGAGAUCUGAUGGUUGAUGGAGGAGAUAAGAGAGAGCUCCUCGCCGAAAGAGCUGAAAGGUUGCUGCUAAGCUUGAAGCAACGGUUCCCUGGCCUCACUCAAACUUCUCUAGACACCAGUAAAAUUCAGUACAACAAGGAUAUAGGAAAAUCCAUUCUAGAAAGCUACUCGAGAGUUCUAGAGAGCUUGGCCUUUAACAUUGUGGCGCGCAUAGAUGAUCUAUUAUAUGUUGAUGACUUAACCAAACAUACUGAUAAGUUAUCCUCAGCGCCUAAUGUGAGUGUUAUGGCUCACAAGAAGGUCUCCUUACCACAUUCAGUGCCUCCCACGCGUACACCUUACGGGUCAUCACUAACCACUCCAAGCUUCUCACCUGGCCCGUUAAUUAGUCCAGCAAGAGGAGUAGACAGAACUCCUUUUGUCAACCGUGAGAUUAUUAGUAAGCCUUCCAAGCGCGGUAUUGGGGUUAAGAGAGCACUCACUAACUACCUAGGUGGUGAGUUGAAGGCUAAGAACAGUGCAAACCAAAUAGAAGGCCCUCCUGCUUCAACAAAGUCAAGCAUUGGCUCAGGGUCACCUGCAUCAUCUCGCGAUGAUUCAGAGAACAUUGAUCCUCAGAGAGUAUCGAUAACCCAUCAGAAGCCUAGCAGAUUUCGAUGAAAUCUCCACAAAGGGUUACUCUUUUACUGACAUAUGAAGGAUUUUUUGUUUCUUUGGAUUGGUUUUAGGAUACUUUACUAAGCAUGUUUGUAGUUUUGUUGUUUAUUGAAUUAUUUGUCCAAAAUAUGUGUAUCUAUGUAGAUUUCAUAUUGAGAAUAUAAAGAUUGUUUAGGCAUUGAUCAUUGCCAA